GUAAGCUACAUCUGCAUGGUCUUUUGAAUAAAGCGCAACAGUUGGCGAUUGGAGCUCAGUCAUGCGUUGCAGUACUGAGACCGUAAACCCUAAACAUCUUCGCUGAUCUAUUCAUUAACGGAAGGGCAGUGAUCGCGUGCAGGUGGUUUAGCAGUAGUUUGCGAGUAGAAUUUAUCGAAAGUAGCGGAAGCAAAAAUGUGGUCAAGUGUGGUGUUGUUGUUCGUUGGAGCGAUUGCUAUACUUAGCGCUAGACGUAUUCCUGAAGGUGUUCCAGUAAAUGCAAACUUCUGGAAAAACGGACGCGAGUACUCAACAAUUCCUUUGAAACAAAGCAUUGAUCGUGAAAACAACCAUGACUGUGAGUGUCUACAUAAGUUGCGCCUUUUGAGACAACCGAAGUUAAGAACUGUGAUUAGACGAAAUGAUGUUAUGAUGGGAGAAUCUGAAGAAACGGUUGAGAGCUACCUGGAGGAUUAUUUGCUUCGUUUGUAUCUGAGUCGAGGUUUCCUGGGACCUCCUCGUCUAAGCUCUAGAAUGAGCGCCAAAAGUAAAUCUCGAACGGAAAAGCAAGUGCAAAACCUUCCAGCAUUCCAACACGAAAAAGUCGAGUACUCGGAUGAGGACAACUUUCGAAUGUCACACAAUAGUCGCUUCUACAGUCAGGAACCGGUCCCGGGACAGUUGUUGUACCCACCAGUUUCCCCGAAGUUUCAGCCUUCAGCAAAAGCUUACGCCAAUCCAUAUGUCAGUGGCCUAACAAAACCAAGAUACGUUUCAUCUAUGCUGAUUCCACAUUUCCUGAACAAGACCAUCUCACAACCGAAUGAAACUGUGCGAAACAUUUUCAGAAUGAAUUCAACGGAAACGGAAAACAAUUUGGCAUCUCCUAUACGAAUUCGGUACGGUAAAAAUUCUGGGCACAUAAACAUACAUAGCGCAAAUAAAAAUGAUACUGCUGCAGUAUCACACCAGUGA